AUGUCACAAGAGGAGAACGUUGAGACCGUACCAGUGACUGUCACUGGAAAAGCUGAUUCUGCUUCUCAAGCUGCUCCAGAAAGCACUACCGAUGUUGAUAUCAAGAAGAGUAAAAAGGCCGACGCUAAGGAACCAGGUGUGGAUGCCAGUAAACUUGUGCCCGCACCAAUUCCAACGAGCUCACCAUGGAAGGCGGUCUCCCAAACUGGAGAAUCUGUUAAUGCAAGUGAAGUUUCAUUGGAAGAAGAGAUUGAGAACACUAGGAAACAGAAAGAGAGGAAAAAUGGGGGUUCUGCUAACACAAUGAAGCCUACCGGGUCAAAUGUUAAAUGGGUUCCGAUGAAGGCAUCAAUUACUGUCUCUUCCGGAAACGGCGGAUCAAAGAGAUCUGGAAGAAGGUCAGGUAACAAAGGAAAAGACACUAAGAAAACAGGUAACAGUAAUUCCACAAGUGACUCUCAAGGAACUAAUGCUACAUCUUCCAGCUCUCAGAGCAAGAAGAAAAAUACAAAACAGGCUAAAAGUAAUAAUGUUAAGAAUAACAAUAAAAAGAAAGAUGAUGAGAAUAACACGUCAAGCACUGACACCGAUAAGGAUAAUACCAAAAGCUCUGAAGUGAAGACAAAAUCUGAUGUAAAAUCCUCUUCUGAAACUGUGAACGGUGGAAGUUCGCAUGCUCAUCACCAUCACCAUGGUAAUAAUCAUAAUCAUAACCAUAGUCACAGCCAACAUAACCAUCAGCAUCAUCAUGGUCAUAAACAUGAGCAAAAUAAGCAGAAGGAUGUCAACACUAAAGAUAUUAAUGAAGAAAAAGAAACCGCUUCAGUACAAGAAACUGAAUCAAAGACUCCUACUGGGCAAAGAGCUUCCUCAGGAUCUGGGCAGAAAGAAAAUUAUAGCACUGAAAAUACUAAUGAACAAAAUGUGGGUGAACCCUCAAGCAAGCAUGUGAGAAGACAUUCUUAUCACCAUCAGCAAGGAGGAAGUUACGGGCAUACUGGUAGACAAUUUAACAACCAUCACAGCACCAACUAUUCAUACAAUACCAGCAACACCAACUUCCAUGACAAGACUCAGCGUAAUGGUUACUAUCCAAGACAAAAUCAGAAACCGUACGUUCCACACAACCGCAACUUCAACAACAAUAUGCAUUAUGUUCCAUAUGUGCAGAAUUCAUAUAAUGCUCAGUAUUAUAAUACAAUGCAUGCCCUAAUAACGGCUGUUCAAAAUGUAUCCAAACAGAUUGAAUACUACUUCAGUGAGGAAAAUUUAUCCAGGGAUUCCUUUUUAAAAUCUAAAUUCUCAGAUGCUGGUUUUGUGCCAAUUGAUCUUAUCGCCAAGUUCUUUAGAGUUGUAAAUAUGUCUUUUGGUGGGGAUCCAACCAUCAUUUUGGCUGCACUAAGAGAAAUUGCUGCGAACGAAGAUUCCGUUGUUGAAGUUGUUAGAGGAAAAUCAAAUGCUGAAGAACACGAAGCAAAGGGUCAAGAUAACUUUUACGGUCCUGAAUAUAAUAUAAACAAUUAUUUUGUGCGUGCUAAAAACUGGGAAAAAUGGUUGAAUGAAACUAACCAGGAUAGCUUUGCAGUGGCCAUUGAAAAGACAUUGGCUGGUACUGAUUUGGAUCAAUUCACAAUAAAUUCCAGUCUUCUUCCAGCACAACCUUAUAUGUAUGGUCGUAGCUACAGACCAAAUGGUUACAAGAGGGGUCAAUCUUACAGCCGUGGCGGAAAGCAAAGAUAUAACUCAAACAGCUCCCCUGAUAAUCAUAGAAGUCAGGUUGGUGAUGGUGCAAACGAAGAAAAUGAUGAUCCUGUAAAUGAUAAUAGUACUCCAGUUGACACUAAGUCUGCCGAAAAAUCUGAAAAUGAUGAGCAAUAA